AAUAAAAGAAAUUAAUUAAAAUUUCUAAAUCAAAGUUUUACAUUUACCGACAAGCAAAUAAAACAAUGACUAAGCUAAAUCAAAAAGUGAGUCCGCUCAAAUAAAAAGUUUUGCGUUGACAAGCGUUUUGGGUGAAGCCGCACUAAAGAGGGGUUCCAAACCCAACAAAGGAAAAAAAAAAAAAGGAAGAGACAGCAGCAUACUCCAUCGAACAGAAUGGAAGAACCACACUCCAGCGGCAGCAGUGAUGACGAAGACGGUGAUGAUGAAUGGAAAGCCGCCAUUAGCGCCGCCGCCUCCACCCUUUUGGGCUGUACGCAGCCCAAACAAACACCCACUCCUGCGCCUGAUAACGAUGAUGAAGACGCCAAAACUCUGCAACCCCAGCCCAUCAAGCACUAUCAAAUCAAGGCACAAAAGACCUUGGAUGACAUAAUGAGAAAAUCUUUAGAUGUGGUGAAAACUUCAGAUCCCAUCGACAUCAAUGAUGAUCAUCCUGUCGCAAAUAAUGGUGGGGUUCGUUUAUUCAAGCAAGCCCCUGUUGGCAUAGUGUUUGAUCAUAGAGUUGAGCUAAAGGGACCAAAAAAGAAACCAAGAAUUCUUCCGGGUGAAGCAAUCAAUGAGAAAUCAAAGAAGUUUAAAAGAGAAUUGCAGUCUGCUGUGGUUGAGGGAAUGGAUAUCUUAGCUACUGCAAAAGAUGCAAGCUUAAAAUCUCUAUCUAAAUUGAAAGCCAAAGAAGCAGCUGCAAAAGAAGCUGCUAAGGGAGAGGAAGAAAGAGUAGCACAGCUGAAGAAAAUCAGGGGAGAGAAAUGGCUACCAUCAAUUGCUAGAGAAAUGCAGCAGAAAUCUAGAGUUCGUUAGUUCAGACUUGAAUCUGAGAUGCCCUACUGAUCGUAGCUCCAUCCGCCAAAAGAAUACUUGGUUCCUUGGUGCACCUCCUGUCUGAUUUGGGACAUUAGUUGUAGUAAACUUUUUGUAGGCUAGUAAAAUUGUAUUUGAAAUGAAUUUUUUUUGAACUUGAGUUGCCUUACAUAUUUAGUAUAACCAGGUGUUAUCCCGAUCCCUUGACUUGUUUGCGUUUCAAUCAGUCAUAUUUAAGAGAGUAUUUUUUAUUUUCGUGUGUUCAACAAUGUGCUUGGAACAUGUCAAUUCUAAUUACCUUUAAGGAAGCAAUAUUAUUGCAAA